AUGAGCCCCUUCAAGCAGCAACGACUCCACUGGGUACACUCCACCGAACCGACAGGUGUUGUUCGCCGUCAUGAUAAGACCACCAUGACGAAAAUCCGUCGCCAUAUCAUGAAAGAUAUUGGAUUAUCACGACGCAAGCCCCAACGAAAUCCGCAGUUCGUCGUCGAGAUUGGGUCUCCUCCUGCGUUUGCCAAUCACCCAGAAGUGAACGCUCUCUUGCCGCCCUUCUGGAGCCAGGAUCCGCUCAGCGUCCUGGAACAACAGUGGCAAAUGGACACCUUCUCGGCGUAUGGCUUAUCUUUGUUGGCUGCCGAGGGCAAAAGACUACUCUGCACUGGAAGUGUAGAUGCAUUGACUUCCGAGGGUUUCUCAUUCCCGUUUGCUUUCACAGCGUCCGCAUUCCUCCGCCACUUCAGGGCCAUCUUCUCCGACCCGUCCGUGCUCAAGGGCAUCUACCGCCAGUCAUCUGCUAGGAUCAGAGUCAUGGCAUUGGAACGCUCCUUGGGGACAAUUUCGUGCAUCAAUGCGACUGUGGCGAAUCCUAGCUUUGGUCUAGCGACAGGGGAUCGUGUCAUUUACGCCGUCCUGGCCGUCAUUUGUUACAAUCUCCUUAGCCUCGAGUUUCAUCAAGCACGUGUCCAUUUGGAAGGCCUUGGAGGGUUGAUUGCUGCCAGAGGCGGGAUACAGUCUCUGAAGGGUAACAAUGAGCUGAGAUUGAUGAUUUUCUGGGUCGACGUCGCGACAUGCUUGCUGUUCAACACGAGGCCACGAUAUUCGCUGCCCCUAGACCUCACCCCAUCAAUGUUCCACACGGACCCAUCAACAAAGGUUUUACCGAUACCGGUCUCGAAGAUUCUUGCGACUGCCGAAGUUGAAGUCGGGGUGCGGCUGACUCACAUCCCGGAUUACGUAGCCGCCUUGAGCGAAGUAGCCAUCAUCAUUGAGUCAGAACUGGCCGCGAGAGGGAAUGCCUUGUGGAAUGAUGAGAUCUUUCUGGGGUUACGAAUCAACCCCCUGGCGCAUCGGUUGUUUGACCGCAUGGGACGAACUAUCCGAUUUUCUUCUCACUUGGAUCAGAUCUUGGAAUCCAUACGGCUAGGGGUCAUCGUUUGGAUUAUCUGGACGAAACGCAUGUGCCGAUCAUGGCCCGGCUCUCCCAUGGCAUACGUACCAGAGUUGCUGGGCAUGCUCAGUGUGGAGUCCGGCUGGGCGGCAAAUACCGCCUCGGGUGCUUCGGAUGACAUCUUGUCUGUGAGGCUCUGGCUCAGUGUUCUUUGCGGUAUUGCUUCUUGUCACGGAUCCUGCGAACGAGAAACUGCUGUAAGCCUGAUUGCAGAAGAUAUGCAUCGACUAAACCGGAAAGAAUGGGGCGAGGUCAUGGUGCGUGUACGGCAGAUGCCCUGGAUCAGCUCCUUUGAGACACCCUUGGCCGAAGUAAGAAGCCAUGUCCAAUUGUUUCACGUCUCACAAUAG